CUCUCUUAUUAUUCAAGCUUCAUAACCGAGUGGCCAUUUUUUAAUGUGCGUCCGGAUCCCGGUUCCGCUUAUUUCUCUCCUAAAACCGCUUUUAACGCCAAAUAAUAGCGGGUAUCACCGGCAAACGAUUCUCGAGCUUUAAUAGCCUUCAUCGCGGAGAAGAAAACGAGAGAUAACUCGGGAGUUUCCGUGCGCUGUCGACAUGAAUCCUGAAUAUGAUUACCUGUUCAAGCUCCUGCUGAUCGGAGACUCCGGCGUCGGGAAGUCCUGCCUUCUGCUGCGUUUCGCUGACGACACGUAUACAGAGAGCUACAUCAGCACGAUCGGAGUGGACUUCAAAAUCAGGACGAUAGAGCUGGACGGAAAGACCAUCAAACUACAGAUCUGGGACACGGCCGGUCAGGAGCGGUUUCGCACCAUCACGUCCAGCUACUACAGAGGAGCUCACGGGAUCAUCGUUGUUUACGAUGUCACGGAUCAGGAGUCCUUCAACAACGUCAAACAGUGGCUUCAGGAGAUCGAUCGCUACGCUAGUGAAAACGUCAACAAACUCCUGGUGGGAAACAAGUGUGAUCUGACCACUAAGAAAGUUGUGGUUUACACGGCAGCGAAGGAGUUUGCGGACUCUCUUGGCAUCCCGUUCCUGGAGACGAGCGCGAAGAGCUCCACUAAUGUGGAACAGGCCUUCAUGACCAUGGCGGCUGAGAUCAAGAAGAGAAUGGGCCCCGGGGCCACUGCGGGAGGCUCCGAGAAAUCCAACGUCAAGAUUCAGAGCACGCCGGUCAAGACGUCCUCCGGAGGAUGCUGCUGAGACUGACCGACCUACGACAGUAACGUUACCAACCAUACGCCACAGCUGAGUUAGCAGGAAUUGAGAGUGUGUGUGUGUGUAAGUGAGAGAGAGAGAGUGUGUGUGUGUGUGUGUGUGUGUGUGUGUGUGUGCAAUAGAAUAUUAAUGAUAAGGAGAGUAAGAGAGGAUCAAAUUUAACAUUGCCUGAUAUUGAAUCAUGCAUGCACAUCGAUGCAUGACCAGACAAACACAUGUCCAACCGUCUGCCGGGUUAAACGGCUCAAAUUCCGUACUUUCAUUUAGACAAGCAUCCAAAAGCACUUUUGGACACCAAAGUCCCGUUUCUGGCAUUUUUAGAGGAGCGCAACUAGGUUUGGCUUUGAACUUCCUCUUGGGAACUUUGAAGGAAGCGGUGGACUGUGGGUUCCGUUGCUAUGGCUCCCAGUGGGGUUGCUACGGCGACCUCUCCUUCAGCCGCUGCCUUCUCUCUCGUCUGGUGGACCGUUUGCCUGUCUGGCCAUUUCUUCUGUUGUUUUUGUUUUUUAUUUGUGCUCUGCAGCAUUUCAGCGGUCCUCUGAGCAUGACCAACACAACACUUACAAUGUGCUAGUUGUUUGCCACGUUUCUAACAGCAUUAUCAUCCUGUGCAAUUUUUGUGGUGGUAUAAUUUGGAAAAUGAGAACCAAAUCUCGGACUGCUUGUAAUUUAAAGGGACAGUUCACCCAAAAAUGAACAUUCUUUCAUGAUUUACUCACACCCUCCAAAC